AUGUCAGAAAAUUCGGAAAUUUGGAAAUUUUUAAGAAAAAGAAAAGACUCUACUGACAAAGCAAUAAUUCUUGAACGUACUCUUAUUUGUUCUAUGUUAUCCGAGAAUAGGGUUAAUUCAGUCGUUGCAAUCCUUCUAUCGAUUUUAGUAAUUGCAAUCAAUAUUUAUUUUGUGGUCGACCAAGUUAAUAAUGGAGACUUGACGGAAGGUUAUUUAGCUCUUAUAGUGAUAUUUGGAAUACUGUAUUUGUUAUUCUGUUUGUACCUGGUGAUACACAUGUCUGCGAGUAUGGGUUGCAGGAGUAUAGCUAAUUUAUCGUUUGUGCAAAACUAUGUGAUGACGUCCGAUGCUGAUUCGAGCCCCAUCGAUAAUCAAACGAGUUACUCGAGUACGGGUACCUUGUCAGUCAUCCAGGACUUGUCACAAUUCAAUCGAAGCACCGAAAAUAUUUUACAUUCUUGAACAAAAGAUUUAUUUAUAAUUAUUA